UGUGUGUGUGUGUGUGUGUAGAAAGGACCGGAGACGAAGAAGGCGGAGCUUCUGGUCCUGGACCCGAAGCGGAGCAACGCCAUCAACAUCGGGAUGACCGUGCUGCCGGCCGUGCACGUCAUCAAGACCGCCAUCCUCAACUACGACGAAUUCGCCAUCAGCAAGGAGGGCAUCGAGAAGAUCCUGACCAUGACCCCCACAGACGAGGAGAAGCAGAAGAUCCAGGAAGCUCAGCUGGCCAAUCCCGACGUUCCCCUGGGAACGGCGGAGCAGUUCCUGUUCAGCCUGGCCUCCAUCAGCGCCCUGACCCCCCGCCUGCAACUCUGGGCCUUCAAACUCAACUAUGAGGCUCUGGAGAAGGAGAUCGCUGAGCCGCUCUUUGACCUGAAGCUGGGCAUGGAGCAGCUGGCGUCCAAUCAGACGUUCAGGAGAAUCCUGGCCACGCUGCUCGCCAUCGGAAACUUCCUCAACAGCUCCAACGCUAAGGGUUUUGAACUAGGUUACCUGGAGAAAGUGGUGGAGGUGAAGGACACGGUGCACCGUCAGUCUCUGCUGUACCACACUUGCAGCCAGGUGCUGGAAAAUUACCCAGAAUCCUCGGACAUCUACUCCGAGAUCCCCGCCAUCACACGCUCCGCCAAAGUGGACUUUGAGCUGCUGGCUGAGAACCUGGUGCAGCUGGAGAAACGCUGCAAAGCAUCAUGGGACAACCUGAAGGUGGUGGCGAAGCACGAGACGAAGGCGGUCCUGAAGAACAAGAUGACGGACUUCCUGAAGGACUGCACGCAGCGCAUCAUCAUCCUGAAGGUCGUGCACCGCCGCGUCAUCAACAGGUUCCACUCGUUCCUGCUGUUCCUGGGUCAGCCGUCCUCCUCUGCACGGGACGUCCGAGUGACCAGUUUCUGUCGGAUCAUCAGCGAGUUCUCUCUGGAGUAUCGGACUACCAGAGAGCGCGUCCUCACGCUCAAACGCAAACGAGCCGCUCACCGAGAGAGAACCAAGACCAGAGGCAAGAUGAUCACCGAGACGGAGAAGUUUUCUGGGGCGAUGCCUCACGAGGACUGCCUGUCGCCCGUCUCCAUGGCGACGGCGGCGUCGGAGGCGGAGGCGGCCCAGGAGUCGGAGCACGAGAACAUGAAGAACCUGCUGAGUGUUGAGCCCCGAGGCCCCAGACGCUCCAGAGCCGUCCGCAGUCUCGGCCGGGUGAGUCCGUCCCAGAUGUUCGUAGCCAAAGAAGAAGGGACCAACUCCCAGGACGACGCCACAGACGAGAUCAUGGACCGACUCGUAAAGUCUGUUACCCAGAAUCCCUCUGACCGGCCGUCCAGCCCCAAGACCCGCAAACGCUCGCGACUCAACAGGAAGUCCAUGCGGAGGACUCUGAAGAGCGGGCUCGGCGUGGACGUGGUUCAGGCUCUGGGACUCAACAGCAAGACGGCCGAUAAAGUGUGACGGAGCCUCGGUCACAUGAU